AUCUGGUGUCAGCAGAUAUUAAGCUUGAUUUAUUUUAGAGAACAUCGCAAAAGAACGGAAAAUGUGGAAACAAGUUAUCGUGUCCCCUUUCUUGAGUACUGCUCUAGACAUAUAGAUUUUGGCAAAACACCAUCUCCUCGUCUCUUUGUUACCCACCUUCCAUACUACUUGGUUCCAAGAGGCCUGAAGGACAAAAAAGCCAAGAUUAUAUACGUAUACAGAAAUCCUAAGGAUGUUAUGUGCUCAUAUUUUCAUUAUUUAAACACAUAUCCAAUAUUUAAAGCUGCGGACUCUAUUGAGGCAUUUAUGAAACAAUAUUUGGAAGGGAAAGUGUUAGGAAGCCUUUGGUUUGACCAUAUCAGAGGUUGGUACAAGCACAGAAACUACUUCAAUAUUCAGUUUAUGAUGUACGAAGAGAUGAAGAAGGAUCUCAGAAGUUCUGUGUUAAAGCUCUCCAAAUUUCUGAGUAAAGACCUGAGUGAGGAGACCAUGGAUGACGUGGUGAGACAGGCCUCAUUUGAGAACAUGAAGGAUGAUCCGCUAGCAAACAAUGAAAACAUGCUCUAUAGGCACGUGGGGUCAAAACUACAAGAAGGCCAUUUCCUUCGCAAAGGUACCAUUGGAGACUGGAAAAAUCACAUGACUGUAGAGCAGAAUGAAAGAUUUGACAUGAUUUUCCAGAAGCAGAUGAAAGACUUUCCAUUGCAGUUCAUCUGGGAUGUAAAUAAAACACAGAAUUAAGCUCAGCACACAGAAUCUGAAGAAAGCACCUUCAGCAGGAAAUACAUUAAUUCUUACACUUCAAUCUUUGACUCUGAACCAUGUUGUAAAAUCUCACUCAUUAAUGUAUAUUAAUUCCUUUAUAUUUUUGCCAUGUGGAGAGCUUCCUAUGUCCAGGCAUUCCUUCUUUUCUGAUCCACUGAGGAUUCUUCAUCCCUUUUUGGAAUAAAAUCAUAGGCAGCUGUACUCUUUACUUUUACAUUUACUUACAAAUUGAUUAUGAUCUUCCUGACAUAUUCAGAAAUUUAAUUUUAUCUAAUAACAUGAAUCAAACAUUCAUUUCAUGGCUUGUGUGGUUAUAUUUUACUUUGGUGGACUGUUAUCUCAAAUGUAUUUAGGUAUUCAUGGAUCAUAUCCAAAUUUAUUUGGUUAUUAUUCUCAUGAUGUAAGAAAAGUAGUCAGUUUUUUCUUCUUACAAAUAACAAGUUGAUGCAGCAUCACUUAUUGAAUUGUCCACCAUUUUAAUAGUGCUUAAAAUAGAUGUUAUUAUAUUCCCAAAAAAUUGUGUGUACAUAUGUUGACUCUGUGUACAUUGCUCUGCUUUGAUUUCUUUUAUCAAAACCAUGGCCAAUAAAUAUCUGAAAUAAUGUUAUGAACUCUCAUAUAUAAUUCUGUUGGAUAUUUUCUCCUAUUCUCUAGGUUGUCUGUUUUCUCUCAGGAUAGUUUCCUUGACUGUGCAGACGCUUUUUAUUU